AUGCCGAUCACCACGAGAGCCGCCGCCGAAGCCGCUGUCGCCGCCGAAGCCGCUGCCGAAGCCGAAGCUGCUGUCGCUGCCACUACCGACGCCGCUGUCGCUGCCGCUGGGCCUGCCGCUGCCGGUGCCGCCUCCGCUUCUGUCUCCGCCACGCCCACAGAAACCUCUUCCGCUGCCGUGAAGAAGGCCGGAGCAGAAGCUCUCACCACCGCUGCUGCCGUGUCACAGAAACCCCAGCCCGCCGCCGCGUCGUCACAGAAGAAGUGCAAGUCGAAGAGUAGCAAGUCUGCGCGUGCGCUGCGAAUAGCUCGAGCCAAGGAAGAGAUGCUGAGAAUACAACUCGAGCUCGCCGCCGCACGCAUCGCCAUCUUGGAAGCAGAAGAAAGUAGUGAAGACGAAGAUGAAGAACAGUAUGAACACGGGACUGAAAGUUGGAACAAAGUAGAAGAGUGGCUGAAACAAACGGGAGUGCCACCACAGCUACAAGCUCCGCUGCCUGUGCCCUGCGCCCCCGCCGGUGUCGCCCCCGUUGCUGCCGCCCCUGUCGUCGUCGCCGCCGCGGCCGCCCCAGUCGUCGUCGCAGCCGCCACUGCCGCCGCGCCUGCACACGCCGCCCCCGUCGCCGUCGCCGCGGCCGCCCCCGAUGCAGCCGCCACCGCUGCCGCGCCUGCACACGCCGCCCCUGUCAGCCAGAGACAGAACCCACAGUGCACAGUCAAUACAGAAUGCAGAGAGCUUACACCACAGCGGCCACAGUCAUAG